UGAGUUGUGCAACACUCAGCAUGACAGCAUCACUAUGUUUAAAAAUUUUCCUCCUCACCCCCAGAUUCCAUUUCCCCAUCCGCCAGGGCUGCCUAUAAAGAGAAGGAGAGAUGGCUUCAGACUUCAGGAGGACACAGGCAGCAGAGAGUAGUCAGUCCCUUCUUGGUUCUGCUGACACUCGAGCCUACAUUCCAUCACCUGCUCAGAAUCAUGCAGGUCUCCACUGCUGCCCUUGCUGUCCUCCUCUGCACCGUGGCUCUCUGCAACCAGAUCUCGGCAACAUUUGCUGCUGACACACCGACCUCCUGCUGCUUCAGCUACAUCUCCCGGCAGAUUCCACAGAAUUUCAUAGCUGACUACUUUGAGACCAGCAGCCAGUGCUCCAAGCCUGGUGUCAUCUUCCUAACCAAGAGAGGCCGGCAGGUCUGUGCUGACCCCAGUGAGGAGUGGGUCCAGAAAUACGUCAGCGACCUGGAGCUGAGUGCCUGAGGGGUCCGGAAGCUUCGAGGCCCAGUGACCUCGGUGGACCCAGUGGGGAGCGGGAGCCUGAGCCUUGGGAACAUCCCUGUGACCUCCACAGCUACCUCUUCUAUGGACUGGUUGUUGCUCAGCAGCCACUGUGGGACUCUUUUUAACUUAAAUUUUAAUUUAUUUAUACUAUUUACUUUGUGUAAUUUAUUUUCGAUUUCACAGUGUGUUUGUGAUUGUUUGCUCUGAGAGUUCCCCUGUCCCCUCUCCCUUCCCUCACACUGUGUUUGGUGACAACUGACUGUCAUUUGCAUGCCAUAGGCAGUCAUGGUACCAAAGCCACCAGACUGACCAAUGUGUAUCGGAUGCUUUUGGUCAGGGCUGUGAUCGGCCUGGGGAACUAAUAAGAUGCUCUUUUA